AUGGCUAAAGUGGACCUAAGUAUCACCUUUUUAGGCGAUGACAACGUGGUCGAUCAUAUUGUCAACAUUGCAGUAGGCAACGAUAAACAAAAUAAGACUACGUCCAGCCGGACUUCAAAACCAAUUAUUAUCGAACCGAGCGAUGACCAUGAUGGUGCAACAGGUGCAUAUCAGAGAUGUUCUAAAACUGAAGCUACAGAAGAUACGAAAAAAUUUCCAUCACAAAAGAGGGGUGCCCUAAAGCCAAUUUCCAAUCAAGUACAUGAGAAUAGCGUAGAAGAAAAUGGAAGUGAUGUUUCCGUGGACGAGGACACUAACAAUAUCGAUGACAACGGAUCCGAUCUGGAAGCAGAAUCGUCUACAACGACUAGUUCUAAGAAAUUGGACAUGGAAGAUACAAUUGAUAAUUGUGCAGAAUAUGCCAAGAAUCAACGCGCUCGCUGCUUACUAUAUAAGAUUUACAGGAAGAAAUUUAACUGGUGGAUGUCUGAAUUAUGGGAAGGCUUUAAUCUCCUGUUUUAUGGACUUGGUUCUAAGCGAACAUUGCUGGAACAAUUUCGAGCAGUUUUGUUACAGUCUUACCCUCAUCUUGUUGUAAAUGGGUAUUUUCCUAACAUGUCUAUUAAAAAUAUCCUAAAUAGCAUUACUCAAGAUAUCCUAAAAUUUGAGGCUUCAUUCCGGAGCCCAAUUGAUCAAUGCAAUUAUAUUACAAAUUCUUUAAAUGGAAUACCAUUUCAAGAAUGUUACAUAAAAUGCCGCGAAAAUUUCUUAGUUAAUAGUGAAUCGACUCUUAAGGCUCAUCUAACAGAAUUUUUUGAUCAUAAAAUGAUUAAAUCACGCAAGGGACCACUUGGUGUUGAGCAUUUAAGUAUUCCUAUUGAUACGACUUUAUUAAGUGACUUUAUGGACGAUUAUAAUGUUUAA